AUGUCCCAGAGAGGACAGGACCGACCGCGUCAGGGCCGCAGCGACGACGCCCAUAGAGGCAGGAGCAACGGACCGCGCGAACGACCGUUUGAGCGAAUCGACGGGGUGCGCCAGUGGCUGCUCGGCCGAGAGACAUACGAAGAAGACAUGCGGGCCGUAUGCAUGCGUCGAAACCUCGAAGUGCGGAACUACCGCGAAGGAUGGAAGGAGUGUUUCGAAGACAAGAGACUGUUGAAGCAGUUCAUGAUCAUGCGCAAGCUACGAGGCGAUCCCAAGGAACUCGACGAAACCGUGCUCGAAACAGAGCUACGAAAGAUCGUCGACGAACCCAAGAACGGCGUUGAAGCGGACAUCCCGCUGCUGUUCCACGGGAUCAACUUGGACAUGAAGGACGACGACGUUCUCAGCCGCGUGUGUAAAUUCUUGGCGGACUGCGACGAACGAAUCGAAGCACGCGUGAUGAAAGGACAUCUGAAAACUCCCGAGAUGCGGAAGAAGAUCUUCAAACGGCUGCUAGAGGUGGUGGACCCAGAGCCUGUCCGAGAUGCGUGCGUCCUCGACAUGGAGAAGGCGUGGCAUCCGGUGAAAUUCACUUGGGAAUCCAUCAGCGAAUUGGUAAUGCACCAUGCGCAGGAGCAGCAGCGUUUUUACUCGACAUAUGGCGCGGGACGUAAAACGCCGGGCUAUGAAGCCAAAGUAGCGAAGAACAAAAAAGAACACCGAAAGGAUGAUUACAGUGGACAAGAACAACGCGAAGUGCGUCAACACUUCGCGUUGUUCUUGUCGACUGUAAUCAUCCUUUGA